UAUUACUUGACAUGCAAGUUUUGUUCAUCUUCAAACAAUUUUCCAAAUAUCUUAUGCUUUCAUUCAUCUCCUCAAAUACCUCUCUCACAUUCUUCUCUUCCCAAACCCCAAAUCAUAACUAAAUCUUUUAGCAAAUUAUUAACCCGUUUUGUCCUUCAAUGGAUCAACGUGAAGAAGGCAAACAACAACCAUCCCAGAAAACAGCAUCAGAAAAUCAGCUUGACCCAGUUGAUAGUUCUGAGAAUAUUGCUCCAGAAAAUGGUUUUCAGGAGCAAAGUGGCACAUUCACAACGUUUGCAUCAUUAGAAAGUGGAACUGAGAGUGAGUCCUCUUUCGAUGACCAUGAUGAAGAUUCUGACUUUUUUCUGAGCCAGGAGUUUGAAUCUGAACUUCAGUUUCUCGAGAGCGAAGGGAGCAAUGAUGAUGAUGAUGAUGAUGAUGAGGAAAUGGAGGAAGAUGAGAUCGAUGUGGAUGAGUUGACCUAUGAGGAGUUGAUUGAGUUGGGAGAUUUUAUAGGGCGAGAGAAGAGAGGGUUAUCAGCAAGUGAAAUUUGUUCAUGCUUGCAUUCUCACACUUUUCAUUCUGCAGAAAGCAAAAGUGGAGUUGAUCUUUGUGUGAUUUGCCAGGUUGAAUAUAAAGAAGGUGAAGCCCUAGUAGCAAUUCAGUGUGAGCACCCUUAUCAUACAGAUUGCAUAAGCAAGUGGCUUCAAAUUAAGAAGGUUUGCCCUAUAUGUAACACUGAAAUUUCUGCUCCCAAGGUAGUUAAUUAAGUAUACUUGGAUUUUAGAUAUUCUAAUAUUUAUGAUUCCUCAAUUUGUUCAAUCUAAAUCUGAAUGAAAAUAGUUGAGGAAAUAAAAGCUGCUUUCUAACAUUGUAAAUAACAGAACUUUGAUGUUUCAUAGAAAAAGAAAAAGUGUACAAAUCAUGAGUAAACCACAUGUUAUUGAUGAAAUAAAAAAUGGAGACUAAAAUUCUAUACUGAAUAAAA